UACAUUGCAGUCACUGGAGAAGAUCAAUUUCCUUUUAAUACCAACGCAUUCCACCUGUGUUACUUCCAAAAAGAAGUGUUAGCUGCCAGGCAAAUAUCAGAACACAUCAUAAUCGGAGGGGACUGGAAUGCACAUCAUCCAGCUUGGUUGGAUAAAAAUAUUGAUGAAAUGGGAGAAGCAAUUCUUGAAUUUAUCACAUCGAACGAUUUGCACAUCUUAAAUUCAUUUCCAUUUGAUUGCACAUAUCAAAACAAUAACGCAUCAUCCUGCAUUGAUAUUACAUUAUGUUCCUCAUCAUUGGUGGGACUUUGUAGUAAUUGGAGGACAGAUGAUGAUGAAUUGGAUGUCCACUCUGGUCAUCUUCCAAUCACAUUCAAUAUUCUUGCACAAUGGGCACCUCAAAAUAUCAAAAGACAAAAUAUUGUAACUUGGAAUUUAUCAAGCGACCAGUGGGAAAUGUUCCGCCAUUAUCUUGCAGCAAAUUUGAAAGUUUGGAGUGACUCCAUCCCAAACUCCCUCCAAGGUUCCUCAGACGCUCUGGAUCAAGCAGUAGAGGCUUGGACUCAUUGUGUAGUCGAAACGGGGAAAGCCACCAUUGGACAAAAAACCAUCUGGAAAGGAAAUAAACCUUGGUGGAGUAAUAAGCUGCACAAGAUGCGCAAGAAGGUGCACCAAUUGAAAAGAAACUUUAGGAAAAAUAGAACGUCAGAAAAUUAUGAAAUAUACAAGGAAGCAGCUCGUACACUCAAAAGGAAUCUCCGGUGCGAAAAACAGUUACACAUUACAAAAAGUAUAGAGUCCCUACAUGAAGGAAAUACGAGACAGCUGUUCUGCAAGUUUCGGUCAUUAAAUUCAAACAAAAUUGCCAUUAUUCCAUCAUUGGUGUCACCAGGAAAAGAUGGAACCACACAUCAAAUCGCAGAAAAUGAUAUUGACAAAGCGAAUUUGCUAGCACGUUGGUUUGCUCAACCACCACAGCCUCCAAAGCCAUCGAAUGAAGAUGCAGAACAUUACGAAUAUGUUAAAGACGAAAUAUGUUCGGUUGUGCAGAUGUCAAGAGAGUCUGAAUUGGAUACGAGUUGGCUCAUUCUUGAAUGGCAUCAAGCGGACAUCACUGAAGAAGAAAUAAUAGAGGCAAUUGGGCAAGUAUCUUCCUUUAAAUCGCAAGAUCCGGACAACAUCCACAACUUGAUGCUGAAAAAAGGUGGACAAAGUUUAAUAGAUUCGCUGGUUAUGCUAUCAUUGCUAUCAUGUGUGGGAAAAUUGUUGGAACGAAUAGUGACGAUGAGAUUAAUGCGAUAUUUAAAUGAGCGUCAAAUGUUACAUCAAAGCCAGGCUGGGUUCCAGUCUUGGCAUAACACAUCAGAAUUAAUCCUGAAACUAUCGGAGUCUAUUCAUAAAUCAUUUAAUAAAAAAGGAUUGACAUACGCAACAAUGUUGGACAUCUCAGAAGCGUAUGGCAGUGUUUGGCGUGAUUGA